GCGUCUCCUUUGAUUCCACAAUUGUCCACAUCAGCGUGAGGAGAAAGUAGAGGAAUCUAGCAGGAUGGCACCCAGACGGACAAAAAGCACGAAAAAUCCCCCAAUUCUCAGCCAUGAAUUUUUCAUUCAAAAUCAUGCUGACAUUGUAUCCUGUGUGGCAAUGGUGUUCAUCGUCGGUCUCAUGUUUCAGGCUACCUCCCCUGUGGCUUCACUGUUCAUCACCAUGCAGCACAACGUCACAGUCAAUGACACUGCUGGAGAAGAGAUGACUGUGUACAACACGGGGAGCAAGGACCUGUUUUCUGGCUUCUUCUAUUUUCUCAUCUGCAUCGUCAUCCAUGCCGUCAUUCAGGAAUACAUUCUUGAUAAACUGAACCGCAAGAUGCACCUGUCCAAGAUCAAGCACAGCAAGUUCAACGAGUCCGGACAACUCCUAAUCUUCUUUUUGGUCUCGGCUGUCUGGGGAGCGGAUAUCCUCUUCCGGGAGAACUACAUCACCAGCGUGAACCAGCUGUGGGAGGGCUAUCCACACACACAGCUCCCGUUUAUCGUCAAGUUUUUCUUCAUCAUUCAGCUGGCCUACUGGCUACACAACUACCCCGAGCUGUACUUCCAGAAGGUCAGGAAGGAAGAGAUCCCAGGACGGCUCCAGUACACGACUCUGUAUCUCGUAUUUAUUGCCGUUGCCUAUUUCCUCAACUUCAACCGCGUGGCGCUGUGCAUGCUGGUUCUACACUACACGGUGGAGUCGCUCUACCACAUGGCCAUGCUGUGCCACUUCUCCGAGAAGUCGGAUGCCGCCUCGACUGUGUUCAUGGUAUUUGACGUGCUGUUUGUCUUGGUGCGGCUGGGAACCAUCACUCUGGCCGUGCUCACUUUCUGGUAUGGCCUGGCGCAGUCUAGCAGCCCCAGCAUCGACGCAGCUGUUGGCAACUUCAACACCAAUCUAGUCCGGAUCAACUGCCUGGUGGCGGUGUGCCUGGGUCAGGCUGGACUCAUGUGGAACUUCAUCACCUUCCACCUGCGCAAACUGAGGGAGAGGUCGUCCUCUGGGAAGAAACCGCGCUCACCCACCAAGAAGAAGCCAGCUAAGCCCGUGGCUGCGGAGGAGCUGGACUCUCUGCCGGAAGUGGACCAAAAUUCUGCCACGGAAAACGGAAACGUGCGAGCCCGCAAAGCCAAGAAAUGAAAGGCGGAAAAAGACGGAAAAGUUUUUUUUUUUUAGAGUCCUUUAGGGGUGUUUCAUUGAUUGCAUUCCAUCUGGCAGUCCAUGCGUGGCAAACCAACUAGCCAAGUACAUUGAAGAUUGUUUUGUCUUGAGUAGAAGAAAUUUAUGGUUUGCAUAUUAUAUAUAAUAUAUAAUAUAUAUAUAUAUAUAUAUCGAAAGCAACACUUGAGCUUUGACGAAUUUCAUGUUGAAAGGUGUUUAAAAAAAAUAAUAUUUCGAAAAAUUUUGAGAAAUUGUAGUAGCUUUAUUUGCACUGCCAGUGUGUGCAGGAGUAUGUGUACAGGGAUCUCCUGGUGUUUGUCGUAGAGGAGAUGUUGAAGAUAGUGGUUCUCUGUAAUUUAUAGCAGGGAUCUGAUAGGAAAACGGGAAAUUCUGUGACUGGUGUUAACCUGCUGUUGGUAAAUCUCUUUCUCGUAACUCGUGUGGCUUUGUGUCAGCUGAGAGCACGUUUUGUAUAUUUUGUACAAAUGGAAUGCUAGAGAGAGCUUGAGGAAUUCUUUUAGCAAGUUGGUGUGGAAGGGUAAUUUUUUAGUCUUAUUUCUCUUCCCCCAAAAUAUUGAUACUUCCAUGUACACUUUUUCUUCUUUGUCUAGGUUCUGAAUCUUCCCCCCUCCUCGAUAGAUAGAGACUGAGUGAGGGGAGAGAGAUUUUUUUUGGCAGGGACCAAUGCUGCAGAAAGCAGUCUUUUCAUUUCAGGUUGUUUCUUGUUUUGAGACGAGCGUGAAUUUUAGUUUGUUUUAGUUUUUAAUUUUGACCGUAUGAGGUUUGGUGCUGCAGAUUUUCUGUUUGGCUGAUUGUAGAGAAGGUUACUUUGCCCCGUACGGAACGUGUCCAUUUAUCUUUUAAAAGACAGUUGUCAGAGCUUGACAUGUUUUGAAUUUUUCUCUUGGAAACUUUUGUCAUCAUUUUAUCGUUUUUUUAAAACUCCCUUGUUUCCCCCCCCUCUGCUGUCUCCCUCUAGAAGUAUAUUGCUUUGUCUCGGAGAUGGACAGAAAAAGAGGAGCGAGAGAGAAAGAGAGAGAGAGAGAGUGAUUAUAGGACCAGAAAUUUCACCUAGAGAGGCUUUGUUUUAAUAAUUCUCCAUGCUAUGUCAAAAAGUUUGAAUCUUUGUCCCUAUAUUGGCUUAUUCUGUACUGUUUUAUUUUUGGGGGUUUUGUUUGUCUGUUUGUUUGGGUUAAAAAAAACAACCCUUUUGGUUUGACCUGAUUUGUUGCAAAGUUGAUGAUGUCUUGACUCCUCUGUAGUAUUUGUGAUUUAUUUUCCCUCCGAAGUUUUUCUUUCUGGAAUUUUGUUAGAGCAUUUGUGGAAUGUGCUGCUGAUGUUUGCCUGCUGUCUCCCCCCCCCUCCCUCCCCCCA